UUUUAUAUUAAAUAAUGUAAGUUUGAAUAUUCACAUCCAAACUGAAGAAAUUCAUUUUCUAGGGAAAUGACUUUAUGGACGAAAAAAUAAGUUUCAAAAACUGCAAUUCUGCAACAGUUAGUUAGCCUUAAGACCAGCGCAAAGGAAAUGCUUUAUCCCAUUAAUAGUAAAUUCCAUUUCUUAUAUAAGCAUACUUGUAAGUGAAAAACAUAACAAAGCAACACAAUAAAGGAAGAACCAAAGCUUUUAAAGCAGCUCGGUUAAUCUAUAUUGUAAUUUGUUUUAGACAAGAGAAAGUGUCUGAUCCAUGGCUGCAUCCAAAGAGUUUAUCAUAUGUUUCAUCUUAACACUUCUGUUGUGCACUUUCUUCAUGAGAGUCGAGUCUAGUGCUGCAGACAUCAGAGGAGGAUGUGGCAGCGGUGACGGUAGUUUUCGGGAAGAUAAUGAGCGGUGUGUAGAGAAGGUCAAAGAUGACGACGACGAUGACGACGUGGAUGAUGUUUUCAAAGUGAUUAAAAAGCUGAGGAUAUAUGCUUGAUCAUGGUUCAUCUUUUAAUUAAUUAUAUAUAGGGCUAUAUAUAUUCAUACAUUUUGUUCGUUUUAUUUUUAUUUUCUGAAGUUUGUUUCUCGUUUCUUUGUUCUUGUGAUUGACUCUUUUUUAUUUGUGUUAAUUAGUUUAACUUAUGUUUCAUUUUCCCAAUUAAGAGAAAAAUUGUGAUAUGAAAAACGUACUUUGUUUUUAA